UUUAUUUUGCUAAACAUUUCCUUUGUUCUUCCUUGGUAUGAUAUGGCAUCACCUUAUUUAGCGAAUGUAAACACAGCUGUUGCUUAAAAACAAAACAAAAAUUUUGAGAAAUCCUUUAACUAAAAUUACAAUUUUUAAAAAAUUCCUUAUUUAAACCACAAAUUUUGGCCUAAAAUAUGUCUUUAACCAAAGUUCAAGAUGCCUCCUUAGUAUUCCGACACCUAAAUGGUUUAAUAAAUGUCUAUAAACCGGCUGGCAUGAAAGUGAAACAUGUUAAAUCUGCAAUUUUACAUAAUAUUUGUCGAGAUCUAAAUGACUUGGACUCUAACAAAGAGCCUGAAAGGCCACAAACCCCUUUACUGGAGUCAGGAGGAGCAGCAGAUCCCAUUUUACGCAAAAUAAACAAUUUAAAUUUAGCGGAAAGUGUUUUGAGCACCGGUCCACGCUAUGAAAUAGAAGAUAUACGUUGCAGUCCUGUGGCCUCUUUGGGUGUACACACCAGUGGGGUGUUAUUAUUCGGCCUCAAUAAAGGUUUAAGGCAAUCCAUGCGCAUCCAACGUAAUCGCCCGCUAAGAGCCUAUCAUGUUACCGGGCGCCUGGGUAUAGCCACUGAAACACAUUUACCCGAUUCUCAUGUUAUUUGCAAAGCCAACUAUAGGCAUGUUCAAGCAGAUCGCCUAAGUGCUCUGGCCUCCUCCCUACAAGCCUCCCAUCAACGUAAAAUGUUCGAGCUGUGUGGUGUGGAUAUGCAGUCACAGGCAGCCUAUGAAAUAGCUUGCAAAGGUCUUAUCCGGCCGGCCAAUAAUAGUCAACCUGUUAUUUAUGGCAUUAAACUGAUUGACUUUCAAAAGCCUAACUUUACUUUAGAAAUACAUGCCAUCAAUGAGACGGAGGCGUAUUUGGCCACAUUAAUCAAUGAAAUUGGCAUAGAAUUGAAAUCGGUGGCCCACUGUUCCGCCUUAAGAUGUAUACGACAUGGUAAAUUUGGAGUGGAAAAUGCUUUACUGAGGCAUGGUUGGAAUUUGGCAGGAGUGGUGAAAAAUAUGCGCGAACAAAAGGAGGUGUUGGAGCAGUAUCCAUUCCUGUUGAAGCAGGAUAAAAUAGAGUUAAGGAAUUGAUGAACAAAUAAAAUAUUUAUUGUUGAGUUUUUUUUUUAAAGCAAGGAAA